AUGGUGAAGGAAUGGACUCUGGUAGUUAGAGUAAAGAACGUCAGCCCAAGAGGGCAAGUUGGAAAAUGACUGAAACUCUUAGUCUACUAGACUUUUAACACUUGAAGAAAAGCAUUUUUUUUGCAACAAUAACAGCCAGAGCGAUGGUCUACAUAGUACAGACCUCUGUUGUCACCUCGGGCAGAUGGGAAAUGCUGGGCAAGACUUGCGGGCUGGACUACGUGCGGCUGAUCCGUUUCAUGACGAACGAAACAAGUUCGUGGUUUGGAUUGCAACUCUUUGAAAAUAUGGUUUUUAGAUACUGUAUGAUGUAUUCCUCCUAGCAGGCGCAUUCUCUGGCUCUACAUCUACC